UGGACGCCAUUAUUGGCCCUGUCUUCGCCGCGAGACCGUGUGCUAGUGUUUGAAAAGCGCGGUGAAAACACAGGGCCAAUAAUGGCGUCCAAAUCUUAGGUUGUCGGGACUCUAUGAGGGACUCUACAGAUCACGACCCAGAAACGGGUUACGCUAAAUGGAAGAUGCUAUUAGCUGGCCCGACUUGGUAUAUGUAGAUUAGCCCCUUGCCUUCGGUACCGUCUCUCGUACCGAGGCAGGCUCCCUUUGUUAUUUUACUUUUGUUUCUUGGCGUGAUCUAUGUCCGAGUGACUUAAUUAGUUAUUUAUAUUUAAGUAAUUAUUUAUUUUAGUUUUCAUUUAUUCCGUUGCGUGACUAUACCUCUCGGGUAUAGUAUUGGUAGUCUCGGAUUGGGAGGUUUUGGCCGCCUAACAAUCUACAACUCGAGAGAGUCCUCGCACCACCUCCUCGUGGUGUGAUUGGGGAGUCAACGAACCGCGAGACUGACCUGACAAGUAGUUAAUAAUACCCUCGCUCUAACAGCGUGUAUCAGUGGCCUAGAUGCAGCCUUGAGAUAAAGAAGAUGGAGAUGAAGAGAAGGGCCAGACAACCUGACGGAGGUUGGGGGUGGAUGGUGAUGGUUGGCUGUUUCUUUAUCAUGAUGCCUCUCACCAUGUUUUCCUUCGGCUACUCCAUCCUCUUCUCUGAUUUUCUCCUGUCCCGCGGCGCCUCCUCCACCACCAUCGCUUGGAUCUUCAACCUUCAUAUCUUUUUAUGGAACGCCAUCGGGGUGUUCACGGGGCCACUAACUAAGGAAUUUGGCUUCAGGCGCGUCAGCUUGGUUGGCUGUGGCCUUGCGACUGUUUGCGCCCUCGCCCUUGUCUUUGUGGACUCCUUGUGGGCCCUGUCCGUGUUCUUCGCUCUCGUAGGGAUGUUCGGGGGUCUCGGAUUCAAGCCAUGUUACCUUCUCCACCCAAUCUACUUUGACCGCAAGAGAGGGCUAGCCAAUAUAUUCCUGAUGGCCGGUGUGUGCAGUGCACAGUUCAUUGGUCCUCCGCUAAUCCGUCACUUCCUGGUCGAGUAUGGUCGCAAAGGGGCCACAUUACUCCUCUGCGGUAUAGUCCUACAGUGUAUAGUGGGCGCCGCCUUGUUCCAGCCUGUCGAGUGGCAUAUAAAGGUUGAUGCGGAGCAGGUUAACGACGAAGAUGAGGGACAAGAUAAGGAAAAGGUGCAUGAAGGUGAUUCAGGUGCUGCGGUGACGGAUGAGAUGAGGGCGAAGGAAGUUGGGAGACGCAAGAUGCCGGGCGUGAGCCUGUCCAGACGACCCAGUGAGGUAUCAAUGCUCUCCUUAGCGGAGUCUGAUAUCGACCUAUCUAGCAUGCCUCCUAGGAGUCGCCGAAUGUCCUAUGACCUUGAAACUACCACAGGUAACAAGAACCUCUGCAAAAACAUCAACGGCUCCUUUAGGAGCGUGCGAGGGCUGUUGCAGGUGUUUGGGAAUGUGUUGAAAUCGGUGAUAUUCGACAUGAAGAUCCUCAGGUCCCCUCGAGCCCUCAUCAUUGUGGUGGGCGGUAUGCUCUCCAUCAACGCCUAUGUAAACUUCCUCAUGACGGUGCCCUUCGCAAUCCAGGGCGCCGGUCACUCGCUCUCUGACGCUGCCUGGUGUAUGUCCUUAGCGGCGGUGACCAACCUAGCAGCGCGUCUCAUCGUCUCAGUCCUCUCCGACCAGCCGUGGUUCAACAUCCGCAUCGCCUACAUGGCCGGCGCUGCCAUCAUUAGCCUCAGCAGCGCAGUGUUCGGCUUCCUGCAGAGCCUCAUACACAUGCAGGUGGCCAUGGCGGUGUGGGGCUGCGGAGUGGGCAUCAACGUGUCCCUGGGUAUCCUGGUCAUGCCUCACAUCAUGGGCAUGGAGAAGAUGUCAUCCAUAUUUGGAGCCAAUUCACUCAUUCUUUCCAUCUCCAUGAUCAUAUUCGGUCCUUUGUUCGGCUUUAUCAGGGACGCCAGUAGGAGUUACGUCGCAAAUAUGCUGGCGAUGGGCUGCUGUGGGGGUCUGAGCGUCCUGCUUUGGUGCUUCAUGCCCGCCGCGAUGGCCUACGACGAGAGGAAAGAGGCUGAGCAAAGGAGAGAAGAGGAGAGAGAGGAGCUGACUGAGGUGUGAAGGAUAGAUAUAUAGAUAGAUAGACAGAAUGUAUAUAAGUAAUAACAAAAUUAUGGAUAUACAAUGCAUCCAUUGUGUUGACCCAUACUUAUAGUAUCUGAGAGGUUUAUUAUCACUUCUUUUAUAAUGCUUAUUAUAAUGCUACGAACAUUUAUUAUUUCUUACUACCCAUCACUGGAAUCGAACCAAUGCGCUGGCGUCAUUGCCUUCGAUCCUCGCCACCCUAAGGUCUAUAAGAAAUGAGACAAGUCACCCAUAUGCCUUCCUCCCCCAAUCUGGCUCUGUAUGGCGGUAGUUGUGACUUUAUCAGACCAGAGUGCGUUACUUAUAAUUAUUAAGGCAGAUUGCUUUCUACCCAGAACAAGAAUCAAGCCAAUGUAUUGGCGUUGUUGCCCACCCCGCCAUCCAGGACUCCAUCAGGACCGAGGCAGGAGAAGGUAAAUGAGGAAGAGGUGGAGGAUGAUGGAGAAGGGGAAGAAUUGAUAAGAGGAAAGCGUAGCAGAAAAAAAGAUACUGAGGUAACAGGAGGAACUGAAAAUAUGAUACAGUCGUAGAGAGAAGAGGAAGAAAAGGAAAGGAGUAAGAAAGUUAACAAGAGGCAUACAAGAGAAUUAUUAUCAUAACGCUCAAGAAUAUUUCAACAAUGUCGAUUUAUAACCUCAUUCUACGCCCUUCUCCAUCAUACAAACCCACUGUCCUCUCAAUACCUGUAUGAUGGGACAGCACUCAGGACUCAUUGUCUUGUUAGGUAUUCCUCUCAUCACCACCGACUCUUUGGUUACUUCUCCUCCUCCUCCUCUUCAGCCCAGGGGCACAGAGGAACAGCAGUCAACAGCUUCUCCCAAACCAGCGUGAGUUUA